GAAGAUGUGAAUGGCGCACGUUUAUUACGUGAUGCAGGACAGGAGUUAAUUUCAUCCCAAGAUGUUGAAUUAACAGCAAGUUUAUUGCCAAAGUGUGAUGAACUGGAUCGUAUGGCUGAUGCAUUAAGUGGCGCACUUGAACGACGUAGCAAAGUACUGCAGCUAAGCAAAGAUAUGCAUCAACAAAUAUAUGCGGCGAAUAAUUGGUGUCAUCGUGGUGUUGAACUGUUAACGACAAUACCAUAUGACUGUACGGCAAGUUAUGCUGCAAAUGCAUUAACAACCGUUGACAAAUAUAUUGAAGAAGGCGAAUCACUGAAGUUUGAUACUUUCACUAAUGAGCCAGAUUUGAACAAAUUGAUAAUGCUUACAACAACUGAAACAUCCACAUUACUUGCACAGGUUGCGGAACGUAUUGAUGAUAUGCGACGUUUAAGUCUUUCUCGACGUGAUGCGUUACAAAAGAUGGCACUACGUGAAACUCGUAAACCGCCUGUUCAAAUUGUUAGUCCAGAAAAAUUACCAUGCGUUAAUGAUGAUAAACGUUGCUCAAUUACAGGUGAUAAGAGGAAUUCAAUUUCAACAUCACCAAAUAAGCCGUAUGAUAGGCGCACAUGUUACAUACGUAUGUAA